CAACACAAAUCAAUAUAAUAGUGGGUUUUCCUCAAUUUUCCAGUUACUUCAUUGUUAAUUUGAAAAAGUCAAGUAUUCUUCUAUCAAUAUUUCGAUAUUAGUCAUUUUCGGUCAUUCGCAUCAGAGUGACAACCUCUAAAUUUUUACAGUUUUCAAAAUUUCCUUCAAAAUUCGCCGUGCACUUACAUCAAUUUUUAAAGGUUAUUGCGUUCACGGAUAUCAAUACCAGCCCUACAAAGCACUCAAGAUGUCUGCAGACAAAGCCAAAGCUGUGAAAGACAUCAUCGACAGCGACAAGGUCGUAAUUUUCUCCAAAAGCUACUGCCCAUACUGCAAAAUGGCUAAGGAGGUGUUCGAUGGCCUUCAGAAAACUUAUACUGCUGUUGAAUUGGACAACCGUGAUGAUGGAGAUGAAAUCCAAACUAUUUUGGGUCAGAUAACUGGCGCAAGGACUGUCCCCCGAGUUUUUGUCAACGGAGAAUGUCUUGGUGGAGGAUCUGAUGUUAAAGCUCUUUAUGAAAAAGGAGAACUGCAGAAAUACUUUUGAAUAAGUGUAAAAUGCCUUGAACUACUGAGAUACUACGAUUCAAUAUUGUGUUUUUGAUUGCAAUUAAGUUUAUUAAUAGGAGGUAAAUUAUAGAUGAAUAUCAAUAGAACAUUUAAGUAAUGA